AUGGCAGACUCGUGGGAGCAAGAGGAGGACAAUCUGUCGCAGCAGGCGCAGAACCUCAACAUUAACAACAACAAUAAUGCGCAAGGUCAAUUCAGACCUGGUGGCGCUUCGUUCACUCCAGGCGCAUCGUCGUUUACCCCAGGCGCGCAGUCGUUCACGCCUGGGCAGCAAUAUCAGCAGUAUGGCGGAGGGUACCAGCAAUACGGGCAGUACGGACAACAAGGAUACAGCAACUACCAACAAUAUGGACAGCAGCAAGGAUACCCUCAAUAUGGCCAAUACGGACAACAGCAACAGCAGUACGGGCAGCAGGGCUACGGAGGCCAAUACAACUACCAGCAACAGCAGAACUUUCAGCCCCAGCAACAGCAGCAGCGCCAGGCUCCUGUUCAGAUUGCGAAGAGAGGCGACAACAACGCUCCAGCCGCUCCGGCUGCUCAGCCGAAGAAGGAUGCUGAGCCCAAGGCGAAGGUUCUGAGCAUUGGAGGAGAUGCUGCGCCCAAGGCAAAGGUCCUGUCAAUCGGCGGUGAUACCGUCGCUCCCAAAGUAGAGAACACGGGCGGAACCAAGGUCCUGAGUCUAGGCGCCGCGCCCGCUGCUGCACCAACUGCAAAGGACAAUGUCGACACCCAGGCACCUGAGGCUGGAGCGAAGGUCGCUGCAGCAGUUGCCAUCGAGAAGACCGGCGAGCCGACAAAGGCCGCCAGCCCCUCUGGCCGGACGUCACCCACUCCCUCGACAGGCCGCAGCUCGCCUAGCCGAGCUGCCGAAAGCAAGAAACAGGUUGUCGAUCUGGAGAAAGAGCAGGAAGAAGACGUCGACGAGGCCGUUCUCGCUGAGAUGUAUGGAAAAGAGCACAUCAACGUCAUUUUCCUGGGCCACGUUGAUGCCGGCAAGUCUACUCUGGGUGGGAGCAUUCUCUUCGCCACCGGUAUGGUCGAUGAGCGGACAAUGGACAAGUACAAGAGGGAAGCCAAGGACGCCGGUCGCGAAACUUGGUACCUUUCCUGGGCUCUGGAUCUGACCAAGGAAGAACGAUCCAAGGGCAAGACUGUCGAAGUUGGAAGGGGGUUCUUCGAGACAGAAAAGCGACGAUACUCUAUUCUCGAUGCACCAGGCCACAAGACGUACGUUCCGAGCAUGAUCGGUGGUGCGGCUCAGGCCGAUGUCGGAAUCCUGGUCAUCUCUGCCCGUAAGGGUGAGUACGAGACAGGUUUCGAGAAGGGAGGACAGACUCGCGAGCACGCUAUGUUGGCUAAGACCCAGGGUGUGAACAAGCUCGUCGUCGCUGUCAACAAGAUGGACGACCCAACGGUCGAGUGGUCCGAGGAACGAUACAAGGAGUGCACAACGAAGCUUACAAUCUUUCUGAAGGGUGUCGGCUACAACCCAAAGACCGACGUUGCGUUCAUGCCCAUCAGCGCUCAAACCACUGUCGGUAUCAAGGACAGAGUUCCCAAGGAUCUUGCACCGUGGCACGACGGCCCAUCGCUGCUCGAGUAUCUCGACAACAUGAAAGCUCUCGAGAGAAAGCUCAACGCACCCUUCAUGAUGCCAAUCUCUGCCAAGUACCGAGAUCUAGGUACAAUGAUUGAGGGUAAGAUCGAGUCUGGUGUCAUCAAGAAGGAAAACAAGUACCUCAUGAUGCCCAACCGAGAUACCAUUUCGAUCUCCGCGCUUUACGGCGAACAAGAAGAUGAAAUCACUGGAGCUGCGUGUGGUGACCAGGUCCGUGUCCGCCUUCGUGGAGUUGAAGAAGAAGACAUUCUUCCAGGAUUCGUUCUCUGCUCUCCUAAGCGACCCGUACACUGCGUAUCAUCAUUCGAGGCUCAGAUUGUGCUUUUGGACCUGAAGAGUAUUCUCACAGCGGGUUACAACUGUGUACUGCACGUGCACGCCGCUCAAGAAGAGGUCACGUUCGAGGCCUUGCUCCACAAGCUUGAGAAGGGUACCGGCAGGAAGAGUAAGAAGGCACCCGGUUUCGCCACGAGGGGCAUGUCGAUCAUUGCGCGACUCAAGGUCACCGGUACUGCCGGUGCUCUCUGCGUUGAGCGCUUCGAGGAUUACCCUCAGCUUGGCCGCUUCACGCUUCGUGACCAAGGACAGACCAUCGCCAUUGGUAAGAUCACCAAGUUGAUCACAGACGAUGCUACCGCUGCUUAA